GGUCUUCAGAGAUGAGGCAGGCGUGCUCGGAAGGACCCUGAUCCCACAAUAGUUUCUCUUAGCACCGGGUUUCCAGUAUGCCCCAAGUCAGAAGCUUCUCUCUGACUCCUCCCACAGUCCAAUAGUGGCUAUUCCCGGGCCCUGGGGCUCUGGCUUCCCUGACUCAGCUGCUAGAGCUUUAAACGGAGCCGCCUGGGCUUAACAGCCAAACUUCUCUCCAAGGUUGCCAGAAGAGGUGUUGAAGGUAGCCGCAGCAGCAGCGCUUACCGCAGCCCCUACAGCAAAUUCAGGCAUGCUAUGAUGGCUGCUCUCUCUGAAGCAACCAACACCUUUACCUUGAAUGUUUUUAAAAAAAUUAGUGAAGAAGAUGCCUCACAGAAUGUGUUUUAUUCUCCUCUGAGCCUCUACUGUGCCUUGGCUAUGGUCUUAGAUGGGGCCAAGGGAAAUACUGCUGCACAGAUACAACAGGUUCUUUCUUUAAACAAAGGUAUAGAUGUCCACCAAAGUUUCCAGUCUUUUCUUGCAGAAGCUAAUAAAUCUGGUAGCCAAUGCCUGCUAAGAAUUGCCAACCGGCUCUUUGGAGAAAAGACUUGUGAUUUUAUCCCAUCUUUUAAGGAAUCCUGUCAGAGAUUCUACCAUUCCAGUAUGGAAGAACUUGACUUUGCAAAUGCUCCAGGGGAAGCAAGAAUGCAUAUAAAUAAGUGGGUAGAAGAAAAGACAGAAGGUAAGAUUGCAGAACUGCUAGCUAGUGAUUCCAUUAAUUCACUGACCUCUCUGGUACUUGUGAAUGCCAUCUAUUUCAAAGGAAAAUGGGAAAAACAAUUUGACAAAAGCAAGACAACAGAAAAGAUGUUCAAAAUCACCAAGGAGAAGCAGAAACCAGUACAGAUGAUGUUUCAGAAAUCUACAUUUAGCAUGACCUACAUAGGAGAAGUGUUUACCAAGAUCCUGGUUCUGCCUUAUGUUGGAGGACAAAUGGACAUGAUAAUUUUGCUUCCAGAUGAGAACAUGGAUCUAAAAACAGUGAGAAAAUUGGGAAAAGGACUUACUUCUGAGAAAUUAGCAGAUUGGUUAAAUCCAGAAAUGAUGGAUGAAACUGAGGUGGAAGUUAUCCUUCCCAGAUUUAAAUUGGAGGAGAAUUUAGAUAUGGAAUUCAUUCUUCGAAAAUUGGGGAUGUCAGAUGCCUUUGAUGGAUCCAAGGCUGACUUUUCUGGGAUGUCAGCCAGGCAUGACCUGUAUCUAUCCAAGGUUGUACACAAAGCUUUUGUGGAAGUUAAUGAAGAAGGCACAGAAGCAGCUUGUGCCACUGCAGCUGUCAUGAUGAAGCGAUGUGCAAGAAUUACUCCACGAUUCAUAGUUGACCAUCCUUUCCUUUUUCUUAUCCGAGAUAACAGCUCAAAAAACAUUUUGUUUUUGGGCAAAGUAAUCUCUCCAUAAAGACCCCUGAUGGAGUCGUUACUGUCUUGCUAUUUAUACCUGUUUUACCCAGACUCUUAUGUAUGUAUAAUCCAAAGGGUCCUUAUCAACAUGAUGAUAAUAAUCCAAAAAUAAAAUUCUUGAUUCAGAAAUUGUC